CAAAGCAAAACUAACAGUCCUUUUCAUUGCCUUCUGCUCUGUUUUACGAACUGUUUUUUUCCCCAGUGGACCACAAACAUGGCCAAACCCUGCAGGCAACACAGUGGUCUGAUCAGCUCAGAUGGGAAUGCGAAGGGUUAAGGUCUGUUCCAUAAACUCCCACUUAAGGAUCUCCUCUGGCAGCCUGUGGUGGGGCUUAAAAUCCUGAUUUGACAGAUCACAUUUUACUCACAGGCACCAAGAAAAUAGCCAACCACUGCCUGCACUGCGCUUCUGCUCUUUAACGUGGCAGAACACAUCCAGAGUCUUUAGAUACAAUGGGGACGAGGCAGCGAAUGCUCGUAUCAGCAGUCAUAUUUGCAUCCUGGGUGCUCUCAGCAUCUGGUGCACACUAUCACACUCACAGGCAUCACAGACUGCAGGAUGUAGCACUUACUGAGGAAACCGAUGUGAGGGCACAGAGGAAUAAGAGAGCCCUUCUGCCUGCCGACACCCCUGAUGACUCUACCCCAUUGCCGCCUGGAGGAGACCCUUCAGACCUUCCAACUUGUCUACUAUGUGUGUGUCUAACUGGAUCUGUCUACUGCGAGGAGGUCGACCCAGAUAUGACAUCGGUGCCUACUCUGCCAAAGGAGACAAACUACCUCUACGCUCGGUACAACAAGAUAAAAAAGAUAACAGCCAAAGAUUUCGGAGAUAUCGUGACUCUGAAGAGAAUCGACUUCACUGGAAACAUCAUUUCUGAGAUUGAAGAUGGUGCAUUUGCUAAGCUUACCAUGCUAGAGGAGCUCUCGCUAGCCGAAAACCAGCUGGUCAAGUUACCAAUGCUUCCGGCCAAAUUAGUCUCCUUCAAUGCUAAUCACAACAAACUGAGGACCAAAGGAAUCAAGUCAAACGCUUUCAAGAAAUUAAGCAAACUGGCACAUCUGUAUCUUGCUCAUAAUGAACUGGAGGCCGUUCCUCUCAUUCCAGAGACUGUCCGCACACUUCACGUUCAGAACAAUAACAUUUCAAGCGUGACCCCGGACACCUUCUGCAAAAGUAACGACACGUACUACAUCCGCCCCAACAUGAACGAGAUCCGUAUGGAUGGAAAUCCCGUCAUCCUUGGCCAGUACCCCACCAGUUUCAUAUGCCUGCAGUCUCUGCCAAUUGGGCGAUACCAAUGAAAACCAAAUGGAAGGUAGUCCGCAGUGAGAAGUCUUCGGAUGGCCAAUGAUGAUGGCUAAAACCGAGAAGCAAAAGUCAUUCAAUCUCCUGGUGCCUGAGCACAGACGAGUGUACAAAAAGUUAAUACCAUGAGAAUCUGUAUUAUAUAUCUAAUUAUGUAACAGCUGCC